AUGGACGUUAUACCAAACUUUGAAGAAUAUGACACUCUGCAAGAACUGAUAAGAGUCGUGACAUAUGCCAGGAGAUUUCUAAAUUUCAAAAGACACAACGAUACAGAAAAAUCUUUUACCACUGAAGAGUUGGAAGAAACAUUACGAAAGAUAAUAAGUACAGUACAGAAAAUAGAGUUUACAAGGGAAAUAGACGCAUUGAACGAGAAUAAACCAGUGCACACCACGAGCGCAUUACGAUCACUCACUCCAUACUUGGAUACUGAAAAUCUCCUCAGGGUGGGCGGUAGACUCAGGAAUGCAGAUAUACCAGAGAACACAAAACACCCGAUUAUCUUGGGACACAAGAACACACUGGUUCCUUUACUCGUGGCCGAUGCUCAUAUUAAGACCAUGCAUGGAGGCAUUCAACUGAUGAUGGCUUAUCUGAGAGCCCGUUAUUGGAUCAUAAGAGUAAAGAGCAUAGUAAAGUUACAUAUUCACAAAUGCUUAGCGUGCGCCAAGGAAAGAGCUGCUCAAAGAAUGCAAAUAAUGGGCGAUCUACCAAGGGCCAGAGUGACCCCAACGAGACCGUUUUUGCACGCUGGCGUAGACUUUGCUGGACCGCUCAAUGUAUCAAUGGCGAAAGGAAGAGGCACGAAAUGUUUCAAGGCAUAUAUUUGCAUAUUUAUUUGUAUGAGCACAAAGGCGAUCCACUUGGAACUCGUGGGAGACCUAACUGCAGACGCAUUCCUCGGUGCAUACAGGAGAUACGUGGCAAGAAGAGGAAAAUGCAGUCAUUUGUGGAGCGAUCAUGGCACGAAUUUUGUGGCAGCCAACAAGGAAUUGACAAAACUAUGGAAGGAAGCCAAUUUAGAAAUGCCAGAUCAUGUGAAAGAUAUGCUCAUUGAAGAAGGUACCCAGUGGCAUUUUAUACCACCCUAUAGCCCUAAUUUCGGUGGUUUGUGGGAAGCAGGGGUGAAGUCUGUCAAAUACCACCUGAAAAGAACCUUAAAUCACAAUCUUACCUUCGAAGAGAUGUCGACGACACUAUGUCAAAUUGAAGCUUGUCUAAACUCCCGGCCCCUGUGUCCCAUUGAUACCGUGGAUGUAGACAAUAUUGAAGUGUUAACGCCUGGCCACUUCUUGAUCGGCGAAGCUCCCAUAAACGUACCAGAACCUGACUUAUGUGAUACCAACUUGAACCGAUUAACAAGAUGGCAAUUGACACAAAGAUUAGUGCAACAUUUCUGGCAUCGAUGGCAAGUAGAAUAUUUGACCCGGCUCCAAAAUCGUCCGAAAUGGCAAAGACGCAGCACAGAAUACGAAGUCGGUGACAUCGUGCUCCUGAAGGAGGAGAGCCUGCCCCCGGCCAAGUGGGCCCUGGCCCGCGUCGUGCAGAAGCAUCCCGGCCAAGACGGCGCGUGCCGAGUCUAUAGUGUCAAGUGUCGUGGAAAGGUGAUAGUGCGAUCCGUUACGAAAUUGUGCGAACUGCCAGUGAACUGUGAGUGA